GCUAUUCUGUGAUUGAAAGUGGAGUUCAGUGGUUGGCGUUGGUGAAAAGUAGUUGGUCUAAUAAUUUGGUCUAUCUUUUUUACAAGAAGUGAUAUCUUUGCGUCUCAGAAGUAGUAGUUCUUUAAUAUUAUAAGCAAACAAUUUAUGUAAUUCCAGAACUGCAUUGAUGUCUCGUCGAGGUUUUAGUGCAAGGGGCAGUUCCUUUCGUGGCAGAGGAGCAGAUGGUAGUAGCUGGAGUAGUGAGAACAGCCGUGGACGAGGUGGCUUUUCAGGUGCUUCAAGAGGGCGCUUUGGUUGGUACAAAGAACAUUCCUCCAGUUUUGAUUCUCGGAGCAGAUACCCAUCAGGCGGUGGAGUUAGUAGCAGUAGUGGUGAAAGAUACACCAGCCGAGGUCGUGGAGAUGACUCCAGCUAUCGGCGCUACAGCCGUAUGGAUGGACCAGGUUACUCAGCUCGUGAUCACAGUCAUCACAGAUCUCCAGAGUCCCAACGCAAACGUUUGAGGACUGAUCAUGGUUAUGUACAGGCCUCGUCUAGCCGUCGCAGCCACGAAGGCGGCUACGGGGGUGGGAGUGAUUACAGUAAUCGUUACGGUUACUCCGAGGAGAAGGGAGGCUAUGCAGAUGAAAGGGGCCGCAGUUACCGCGAGGAGAGGCGGUCAGCCAGUAGUUUCAGAGACCGUUCAAGGGAGGAUUAUCCCCACAGAAAGGCUGAACAGCUGGACUCAAGCAUGCCCCCACCUUCUAGUGCCCCCCCUCGGCAUCUAUCCUCCCCCCGAGGCUCCUUCAGGGGGCGCAUUAGUGGCAGGGGAACAAGAGGCAUGUCGAGAAUGAUUUUCCCCAGACGAGUCGACACCAUACUCAUCAGGAAGAAAAACAUUAUGGAUUCUAGUUACAACUUCCGAAAAAGAAUGUUAGCAGCAAGAUCACAAGCUGAAACCCUAAGGAGACUCAAACUUCAGAGGUUGCGGAGGAUUAGGGAAGCAACAUUGUCAUCCAAAAGGGAUGGCCAGGGGGACAAGGAAGGGCCGAAAGCAACUGAAGACAUAAGUGAUGAGGAUGAGAAAGAAGAAAAUUGGGAUGAAGAAAUGGAAAAAGCAGAUGCAGAUGACGACGACGAUGAUGAUGAAUUGGAAGAAGGUGAAACUCCAGACAAGAAGGACAAGACAAAAGUCAAGGAGAAGAAAAAGGAAGCAAAAACAUCAAGCAAGGAUGAUGAACGAGAGGAGGGUGAAGAGGUUGAUGAUGAUGAUGAUGAGGAAGAGGAAGAAGAGGAUGACAAUGGGGACUCCGCUUCUGGUACAGCGUCACCACCUAAGAAGUCAGAUGUGAAGAAUGAAAGUGGUGUACAUGUUACAAUUAAACAAGAUUCAGAUGCCCGUGCUGUAAGUGAAGAAGGUCGAAAACGCAUACCACGAUCAAUGAUAAGUGGUAGGCCAUACAUCCGUUUGACCUGCCCCCACUGCUAUGUGCGCUGCAUAACGUUUAAGGAAUACACAUUACAUUUGUACACGUCGAAGCACAUAAACAUGAUGCGUAAACAGUCCCUGAGGCACAAGCAAACACUUGCACGUAUGCGUAUGAGCCAGAGACAAAAGCAGCGACUUGUGGAGGAAACUGAAGAAGUUCAUGGCAACCUUGCACCGCGCUCAAAUUUCUGUCCUGUAUGCAAGCUGAACUACAGGCAGCUGAAAUCGAAACAUCAGGCUUCAGAAUCUCAUCGGGCUAUGAAGAAAUUCUUGAUGCCAUAUUGCCGUGUAUGUCGCAUGGGAUUCAAGUCUCCUAUGCUUUAUGAAAACCACAUAUGCUCCUUGGACCAUCUUAAGAGGAAAGCAAGACUUGAGGAGCGUAUGAUGCACUUGCAUGACCGAGGACGGGAUGUAGAUGAUGAUGGUAGUGGAAUGGAUGAAGACAAGGAAUUGAAUAUGGACAACUUUAUGAUACUUGAUUCUGUUGGUACUGUUGAUGAUACUGGUGAUGAAGGAGAUGGUGAUGAUGGGAAACCAAGAAGUGAAAAAGACAAGGAGGGUGAAGAGAAGAAGUCAAAAUCUGAAAUUAAUCUUGGUUCGGAGUAUGUAAAGAAAAUUGAGGUGUACUUCUGUGAGUUGUGUCGCAUUUACUUGCCUCGAUUAGACCAGACAGAGAGAGCUCUUUCAAUUCACUGUCGCACUCGGACUCAUUUGCAGCGGUAUGUGCGUUAUCGUGAUGAUAGAGCGCUGAGAAGUAAAGCAGAGAAAAUACAUCAUCGCAAGGAAGUAGCAAAAGAAAACGCUGUGAAGGAGGCAGAGGCCAAGAAAAACUUGGAAGAAAAGACUGAAGGUGAAGAUGAGAAAAAGGAUGAUGGUGCAAGCAGUUCAAAUGAAAAAGAUAUUCCUGGUAAAGAAUGUGUUAGUGUUGGUGACACUGAGGCAGGCAGUAAGAACAGUACAGAGGGAACAGCAAAAUUGUCGCAAGAAGGACGUGAUAUCUCUGCUGAAACUACUGCAGAAGGUGGGGCAGAGGGAGAUGGAGACAUGGAUCAAGACCUUGAAAGUGGAAUGGAUGACAAGUUAUGGGCUGAUGUUGAUAAGGAUCUCGGAGAACUGCUGCGUGAAGUAGUGGAGCCUGGUAAUAAGUCUUCGGAUGAGGAUGAUGAUUCACGUGCUGAAGGUGGACGGUAUGACAGAUUUAGAUACAGUGAGAAGGGAAGCGCAGCUACUGCAGAUCCACCUUCUGAGGGAGAUGCUAACAAGGCAGCAGUAGAAGCUGAUGAAACAGUAACAAAAUCUGAUGCAGGAAUGGGCACAAAAGUAGUAGAAAAUAUAAAGUCACUUGGAGACGAUAAGAAACAGGCAGUGAAUGAUGUUCCUGCUGCUGCCACCGCUGCUGCUGAAAGCAACUGAAGAAUUCGCUGUUCAAAUCCUACAUACUUUGUUGUUCAUAUUAGAAAAGCAUGUAAUCGAUUUAUACUUGUAUAAUAUCUUGCAGAUUAUUAGAACUGUGCUGUGUAGUUCUCAUGUGGCAAGUGUCCAGUACUAGAUUAAAGUAAAACUUUUUCUGUGACAUGAAAUAAUUAACACAAUUUGUAUGACAUGUUAGCAGGACAAGUCCAUACUCGAUAUAAAGGACAGAAUCUUGAUUUUUAUGUCAGUAACUUUACCUGCACAUAAAGGGAAUCUUUGUUAUGGAUUUAUGAAUUCUGUACUUUUGUGCAUUGAAAGUUUGUGUUACAUUCAAUUCAACGUCGAAUGUCUGUGCAAAUGGUUAAAACACAAAUUUCAUUCCUUUCUGAAAUAUCUUUUAUUUGGCAGGUGUAGUGCCUGCCUCUUGAAUGUAACUUGAUGCAAAUGCUAAAAUAAACUUUGCUGUCAGGUCGGAAAAUAUACUCCAGGGUGGAGUAUAAGGAA